AUGAUAAUGGAAUAUAGGGCCAUGAAAAGGGUCAGGAGGGAAGAGACCAUCGGGAACAAUCGACAAUGUGAAGAAAGCGAUAAGAAGGAUCCGUUUUCGAUACUUCCUAUGGAUCUGAGAGUGGAGAUUCUCCUGAGAAUCCCGGCCAAGUCCAGAGCCAGAAUGGUCUUGGUUUCAAAACAAUGGCUAUCGAUGCUCUGCGGCAAAGAUCUCACCAAUUUGUACCUGGCUCGUUCUUCGACUCGGAAGCGUCUCCUUUUCGCAGUCUGCCGUACCUACGUGCAUGAGAUGUUCUUACAAUCAAUCUCCCAAAAGGACCCAUCAAACUCUGAAGAUCAUCAUAAGGUAAACAUACCUCGGCAUCCGAGACGUUUGGGUGCACUUAGUACCGGCGAGCUUAUAUUUUCACCUUACUCUUUCACUACCUCGUUUUAUUUUAUCAGUUAUGAUCUCAAGUCACACCACGCCAAAAAAGUUGUGGUUGAAGAAAUUGGAGAUCACUUAUCUGAGAUCCAAGUCUAUGUGGAUCACAUAGAGAGUCCUAUGUUUCUGCCAAAUCUAAAUUUAGGUUUCAGGAGUGCAUUUGUCUACAGUAACUUGAUCAAGAAGCAAGAGACAUUGAUGCAAAGGAAAAAGUUGAUGCCUUCUUCGUUGGUGGCGACCGGUUUGAGAUGUGCUGCUAUAUGA